CUGUUUUUUUCUGCUUCGUGACUGCCAGGGAAGUCAGUAGCUUUACAUGUUAUUGCGCAUGCACCAUUGACACGUGACUGCCGUACGCCUUCUCGUGACCAGACUUUGUAGCAGUGCAGAGCCAUAACUGAAGAGCUUUGUAGCAGUGUCUCAAGAUCGUUCGAAGUGAAAGUGAUGGAAAUCUAAUCAGAUUCUAAGUUAGAAAUGAGUAGCUCUACAUGUUCAGGCUGUGACGUUGGAGGGGCUUUGAUGAAAUGCUGUGGUCAUUGUAUUUCAAAGUCUGUCAGAGAUGAAGUUAAAGGUCUUCUGUGUCUAGCUUGGCCUGUGACUGUAACUGUAUUUUUGCAAUUUUUUCUUCCUGAAAUGAAUCUGUUGUUUUGUGGCCACAUCGGAAAACUAGAACUAGAUGCAGCAGGUUUAGCCCUCUCGUUUACUAAUGUUACCGGCCUUUCAGUAGGCAUCGGCAUGUCGGCUGCUUGUGACACUCUGAUAUCACAGGCGUGUGGUGCUAGAAAGUUUUACAAAGUUGGAAUUAUAAUUCAGAAAGGCAUAUUGAUCUUGUCUUUGGUUAUGCUUCCAAUAUCGGCUGUUUGGCUGAAUGCUGGAUCUCUUUUGCAAGUUUUGAAUCAAGAUCCUGAAAUUGUCAAACAAGCAGCUGUGGUUUGCAAGAUACUUAUUAUCGGCUUGCCAGGCAAUUUUUUGUACACAAUAUUACGCAAGUAUCUCCAAAAUCAAGGAGUUGUGAAACCUGUUGCUGUAGUUGGAUUCAUCAUCAUACUCAUUUCAGCUUUAACUCAUUUUAUCACUGUUAUUUUAUUGGAUUUGGGAUUAUUGGGUGCUGCUGGAUCACUGGUAUUUUGUCAGUUACUACAACCAGUGAUUUGCCUUGCUAUAAUACGAUACAAGAAAUUAGGCAGGAACACAUGGAAUGGUUGGUCGUGGGAAUGUGUGGUUGAUUGGUGGAUGUUCUUACGAUUAGGACUUCCCAGUGUUGUCAUGGUGUGUAUGGACUGGUGGACCUUUGAAAUAGUUGUACUAGUUGCAGGAAUGGUGAGCAAAGUAGAUCUGGGUGCUAGUGUUGUAACAUUUCAAGUUAUCGCUACAGUCUUCAUGGUUCCGUUUGGUAUAGUACUAGCAGCAGCAGUCAGAGUUGGUACAUUCCUUGGAGCCAAUCAGCCAACAAAAGCAAAGAGAACGGCAUGGGUGUCAAUAUCUUUAGUUGGGUCGUUCGCUGUUCUUGUUUCGAUGCUGUUGCUAUCUCUACGUUCAAGCAUCAGCUACAUCUUUACUUCAGACAAAGAUGUUGUCACUUUAGCGGCAAAGGCUAUGCUGGUAGUUGCACCAAUAGUAAUUGUGGAUGGCUUGCAGGGAUCAAUCCAAGGCGUCUACCGUGGUGCUGGUCGUCAGAAAACAGGAGCAGCGUUAAACUUGAUUGGCAACUAUUUUGUCGGCUUGCCAAUUGGUGUUCCUCUUGCAUUGAUCGGAAAGAAGGGUGUAGUAGGAUUGUGGAUUGGAGUGUUGUGUGGCUUGGUAGUGAUGGCUUUAGGAGGUUUAAUUGUUGUUCUCAGACUGGACUGGAUAGAUGAAGCAAUGAAGGCUCAGAAACGAAUGGGAGUCGUAUCUGAUUCGUUGGAAAAUUUGUCUGAAGACAACUGUGAACAAACAGAGACCUGCCUGCAAGUUAAAGAUAUUGUUGACCAGAACGAAGACGAUGAGAAUUCAUGUCGUGAUUCAUUGGCUUUACUGGUUGAUGAACCAUCUGACGUGAACAAGGACCAACGUUGUCUUAAUAUAACAACAAUUGAAGAUGCCAGCUUCAAAUGUGCAACACAGAAUUUCGAAUUUGAAAUGGAACCUAAGUCGAUGAUGUCACCAUCACAGAAGAGGACAGCACUCUGUCAAAAACUGUUACUCUUCUUGGCUGGUGCGAUGAUCGUCAUUGGAGCUGGAAUUACCAGCAAUUUCUUUUCGUAUCAAGAUCCCAAUCUUUAUAAUUCCACCUGCAAUGCUUCCUCGUUUUAUAUCAAUUCCACUGGCACUGAGUUUCCCUUUGUAACCACCGCAGUGGCACUAAACGUUACAAGCGCAGCUGGAGCUUUGCCUGUGACAUCACCGAAAUACUCUUGUACAGCAUCACCUGCAUGUAGUGCAAAUAUUCCGGCACUAUCAGUGUAUCGAGGCACUGUUCAUCCUCGACCUUCAAAAGUGUUGAAAUUGCAUUCGUCAAGCUAUGCGAUUUCUUUGUUUUCAAAACCGCCACGAACAGCUGAAUAGUUGAUAGUGAUAGUUUGACAAUGAAAGAUUGUUGACAUUUUUUCUAUUUUGAAAUUGUUCUACACACACAAGUCAAA